CUUUUAGAACAAAGAGAUGUCCUUGAUGUUUCUGGAUCAAGACGACUUCGAGUCUUUUAUAUAGUAUUUCCUGCUACCGUAAAAGCCUGCUCACAGGCUACGCUGUCAGGUGACCCAUAUGGGUCACCCAACUGGGUCAAAGCUCUAGCUGUGGGCACCCCAAUAUACACAGUCAAUAGAAAAAAUUUUUAUAAUAUUUGUUCUACUGG